ACAGGGGGUCUUGUCACAGAAUGAGUCACUCGCGGGUCGCGGCGGAUGCUCUCAUUGUCCUAAUUCCUAACACAAAGGGCGAUCUGCACCGUCGCAAAGGCGCAGGGUGAGAUGCUCUCCGCAGCUCGCGCCUUUAGCUUGAAGGGUUCUGCAUCACCCUUAGUAGCUGGAAACAGAACGAAGAUGGAUUGUCGACCUAGGGUAGUUCGUGGUUCCUCUUCGAGGUCUUCUUCUUCUUCGCCUCCCGGGGAAACUUUGAAAGGAGACAGCCAUGACGCCACUAUUACCCAGGAAGAAUGGCAAGGUUGGGGUACGUAUUCUCAGAUACCCAUGAAGGUCAAGGAGGUGGUUGAGGACUUGAAGGCCUUAGAGAAGGACAUGGAUGCUCGGAUGAGCUUCGGUGGCAAUGGAGGGAAGCUUCAGGGAGAUUUCAAAGUUAAAGAGGAUAAAAAACAUAGAGCAACAUAUCAGGCUCUUGCUGAUCCUGAAAAAAAGCUCCAAUUCUUCACAGCUCGACAGAUAGCAUGUCGUUUGCUUGGAAGUAGGGGUUAUCUUUGUCAGAAGUGUUGGCUUGCUAUGGAAGAUUGUAUGUGUUCAAAAGUCACACCCUGCUCUCUGUGUAAUGGAAUUCGGUUCUGGUUGUAUAUGCAUCCAAAGGAUUUUCUACGGCAAAACAAUACUGGAAAGCUGUUGUGGCAAAUAUUUGGUGUUCAUGCUGCAACACUUUGCCUAUUUGGCAUUGCUGAACAGGAAGAAGUGAUGUGGAAUGCAUUCAAAGUUGCAGGUAAAAGAAGGGUUUGGUGUCUUUAUCCUAACAAGAAUGCAGCUACCAAAUCAGUUCAUGAUAUCUUUUCUCAUAGUUCAGCAAAUUUAGAAGGCCAGUCACCACUGAUGAAAGAAGAUGAGCCUUUGAACUUUGUGCUUAUAGAUGGUACAUGGAGCAACUCAGCUGCAAUGUUCAGCCGUUUGAAGGAGCAUGCGAAGUUAAUCUGGGAAGAGGAAGACAUCCCCUGCAUUUCUCUGGCCUUGCCAGGCGUGUCUGCGAUGCAUAAACUUCGGCCCCAACCAUCAUGGGAUCGUACCUGUACAGCAGCAGCAGCCAUCGGCCUUCUAUCAGAAUUGCACUUGCUUAAUCAGUUUAGUUCACAUGGCCUAGACAAACAGGCAGCAGCACUUGAGGAUGCCUUGGAGGUCUUAUUGGAAGCCCUUACAACUCGGCGUCUUCGUAUGGGCAGGUCCAUUACUCGUAAAGAUAGGCACAACAGCAAUAUCAGAUAGCAGAUUGGCUGUAACCGCCAUCUAAGGGAUGAUUCAAUUGGGUUGAUGCUCCGGUGAGUCUUGUCAUCGGGGGCUUUGGCCCUCCCCUGAAUUGCUAUGAGCAGAUCCUUGGAUAUACCCAAAUAAAAUGGAAAAAAGGAAGAAAAAUUCUAUUCAUACCUCACACUGAUGAGUAUUAGCUUUGGCAGUUGCCCUAAUUAGUUUAAACCGCAGCUAACUUGCAUAAACAAUUUCUUACUCCAAACUGAACAUGGUCACUUUUUGAAAAUAUUGAUAUCAAGAAUGGCAAUAUAAAUGCCAUUCAUCAUCAUCAUUUAAGCCUUGUCCCAA